AUGUAUACUGACAAGACUCUCCAUGUGAAGAAGUAUUUGCGCCCAGAUAUUGAAACAAACACACGCUGCGAUCCACGUAUUUGGAAAGAAAUCCUCGCUCUUCAUGUUGCAAAGGUAAAGUAUCACGUUGAAGCAGUAAAAACAGCAACGGCAGCAGCAGAACCGGCCAAUGAGGCUAUUCGAAGCGUCCUUCUUGUUAGUUCUUCUGCAACAACAAAAGAAGUUCCUGAUGACGACCUUGAAUCCGCCAAAUCAUUAUCUAGUAUCGAUGAAAAUCCGAAGAAGCUAUACAAAGACCGGUUUGAAGUGUUUCCCUUGGACCUUGACCGAGAAAUCAAAGAUCGUGCUGAUCGGUGGAUCGCUUCAAACAAUGUCGAUAUAACCAAGUUGCUCGAGGCCUAUCAAAAAAGAUCUAUUAGUGAAACAAAAACAAACAAAACCAUUAGCAAUAUUCGAGCAUUGAGCCUCUGUUGCAUCUUUUUCUUCGGCCUCAAGGAAUCAGUGGUAACCGUCAAGGAAGACGAAUUGCUUCGCAACCAAUGCAAGCCAGAUUUACCAAGUGUGUUGCCAACGUGGGCGAGCGAUAUCGAACAGGCAGCCGCAAUCGAGAGCAGAGACUUCGUAGCAUCGGUUUUUGUUGAUGUUCUGAACAGUUUCGUUGGUGUUCCCUCAGCAUGCGAUAACAAUAUCGUAGAGGACACAUUGGUACAUACAUACCUACACGCCCUACUGCACGCACUUUUUGUCAAGGAUGCACCGUUCGGCCACAAAAGGGCAAACGCUGUGCUGGAAUCCUCCCGAGAUUCCCCAAACCAGCUGUUCCCUGAUUUCACCGCCUACAAACGUGCUUCCAGUCGCACGUACGAUUUGUUCGUUGUCGAGGUUAAGCGACCAACCUCCAGCAAAUCGGAUUUUAUAAAAAUGGGUAUCAUGCUUCGCAGCAUGAUUAACAAGCUAGUUGAACUCAGCGUGCCCAACCCGACAGUAUGCGGAUUGAUCGUGAAAGGUUUCAAGUAUACAAUGUACCGAUUAGACCUCAAAGCAAAGCAUGUGUACAGAAUGGUCGAAUUGCAAGAAUUCCUUCUGCCACAAGAAAGCUAUCAAGUAGGCUGCUUGCCGACUUGUAUCCAAGCGUUGGGGCAAGUUAAAGAGAUCCUGGCGCAAACAGCCAAGAACAUCAAUGAUUGCGACCAACUCCUCAAAAACGGAAAAGUUCUUAAAAAUCGCACGCCUAUUGAUUGGAUUGUAAAAACACAAGCUUCUUCCAUGAAAGAAAAAAAGAACACAAAAAGCAAGGGCAAAGGACCAGCAAGAAGCACAUCGUCUUUGAGACAAAAAAGAAAGCGAUAA